AGCGUUAAAAAGCACGUGUCGCCUACGACGCGCGCUCCCAAGUCACCCUUAGUUACCGUUCAAUGCGACUCAAAGCGGGGAAGCGGGCGUGAGGCGCGCGCGGGAGCCGCGGCGGUGGGCUGCACGAGACGGAGACCGAGACGGGGCGGGAUAUUUCCUCAAAAGUUGAAGCUGCGGCUGCAGGCCGGACGGUCGGACCUGCGAUUCGAGUCCGUCUGACAGCCGACGUGAGCGCGAGCCGGGCCCCACCACGCCUCCUACCUCCGGGCUGCUCAUCGCUGAAGCGGACUGCGGGCUGCGGGCUGUGAUGACCCUGUCCGGAGGCACCGGUGCGAGCGACAUGUCCGGUCACACGGUGCUUGCGGCUGAAGACGUGGAUAUCGACGUGGUGGGAGAGGGCGACGACGGCGCGGAGCGGGACAGCGACUGCGAGAGCCAGGGGACGCGCGAGCGCGCCGAGGAGGCGGACGCCGCCGCCGCCGCCGCCGCCGGGCUCGCGCUCAAGGAGCGCGCGGCGAGCCCCGGCUGCGAGAGCACCGGGGAGGGCGAGGAGGGCAAGGCGCACGAGCAGGAGGGCGCGUCGGGACCCGUGCAGAGCAAACCCAAGAACAGCCUGGUGAAGCCGCCGUACUCGUACAUCGCGCUCAUCACCAUGGCCAUCCUGCAGAGCCCGCAGAAGAAGCUCACGCUCAGCGGCAUCUGCGAGUUCAUCAGCAACCGCUUCCCGUACUACCGCGAGAAGUUCCCCGCGUGGCAGAACUCGAUCCGACACAACCUGUCCCUCAACGACUGCUUCGUCAAGAUCCCCAGGGAGCCGGGCAACCCGGGCAAGGGCAACUACUGGACGCUGGACCCGCAGUCCGAAGACAUGUUCGACAACGGCAGCUUCCUGAGGCGCAGGAAGCGCUUCAAGAGGCACCAGCCCGACAUCCUCCGGGACCAGACGGCCCUCAUGAUGCAGAGCUUCGGGGCGUACAGCAUCGGCAACCCUUACGGGCGCCACUACGGCAUCCACCCGGCCGCCUACUCGCACCCGGCCGCGCUGCAGUACCCCUACAUCCCCCCGGUGGGUCCCAUGCUGCCCCCGGCCGUGCCGCUGCUGCCCUCGGCGGAGCUCAACAGGAAGGCGUUCAACUCGCAGCUGAGUCCGAGCCUGCAGCUGCAGCUCAACAGCCUGAGCACGGCGUCCAUGAUCAAGUCGGAGCCGUCGAGCAGACCCUCCUUCAGCAUAGAGAACAUCAUCGGGGCUUCGAGCAGCGCCUCCAGCCCGCAGACGUUCCUGCGGCCCCCGGUCACGGUGCAGUCGGCCCUGCUGAGCGCGCAGUCGCUGUCGCUGAGCCGGACGUCGGCGGCCAUCGCGCCCAUCCUCAGCGUGCCCACAAACAUCAUCUCCGGACAGUUUUUACCCACUCCGUCCACGGCGACCGCGUCCAAGUGGCCUUCUCAGUGAUAUACGCUCGCACGCAUAACACACACACACACA